AUGUCAGAUGAGAAGCCGGACGUGGAACUUGAAGAAAGUGGUCCAAAAAUUGAAAUAGAUCACAAAUCCCAAUCACCAAUUGACUCUGGUCAGAAUAAACAACAACUUGAAAAAGCUGACGAGGUUCAAGUACAAGAAGUUGCAACAGAUUUCGUUGAUUCGCCAGCCAAUCCGGAUUCAACAAUGAGCACAGAGCCGAUUCCUGAAGUCAAUGAAGCAGUAGAACAAGUUCAAGAAGAACCAAGCCAACCAAGUACAGAAUUCUCCAAUCCACCAGAAGAUUCUAGUGAUUCAUCAACCAAAGAAAUCGGCUCAAAUGAGAGUUUAGCUGUGAAAGAGAAAUCUAAGGAACCCGAAAUUGAAAUCUCAAAGAAUGGAGAUGAAAUUUUUGAAUUCGCUGAUAGAGUUCCGAAUGUUUUGAAGACUCAUGAACCGGAAAAGAUGGAAAUAGCUGAAGAUCUUGAAGAAAAACCGGUAGUUGAAGCGGAUAUUCUUCAAAAAUUGAUUGAGAAGAUUCCAGAGCCGGAGAAAGUGGAAGAAAAAGAAGAAAUUGUGAGUGAUGUUGAAGAAUUUGAUGCUGAUGAACCGGUGAAACUUUUAACAGCACCAGAAAUGGUUGAAAUGGUUGCAAAAGUUGAUGAAGAUCAAAGAAUCGAAGAAAUGAAGAAAACUGAGGAAGUGGGUGAAUCAGGUGAUCAGGUAAAAGCUGAAGAAACUGAACUUCAAGCAGUUCAAGAGCUGGGAAAUGGAGCUCAAAUUGACGUUACUCCAGAAAUUACUGCUGUUGAAGUUGAAGAACUUACUGCUGAAACAGUUCAAGAGUCGGAAAAACCUUUAGAAGAAUCUCUAAAGAAAGAAAUAUCUUCAGAAAAUAAAGCACUAGCUACAGUUGAACCUAUGGACAUUCAGUUAGAAAAGCCUGUAACUCCAGAACCCUUAAAAAGAGCCCUUUCCCGACCCGAUACCCCUAGACAAAGAAAAACGUCGAACAUUUCUUUUGGUGAUGUGAAAUAUUUCAAGUACGAGAGCCCAGCUUCAUCAAAGAACUCGAGUCAAGAUCCACCGGAAGAACCCGCAGAACCACCGGAAGAACCCGCAGAACCACCCAUUGAUUCUCUUCAAGCAGAACCAAUGGAAGCAGACGACAUUCUGGAUGCUAUUGUCGCUUCUCAAGAUGAUUCAAAAGAGCAAGAGAAUUUGCAAGAGUUUCUCGAUGAUCAACCUAUUGGAGACAAAGUUGAAAAGCCUGAGGAAAUUGAGGCACGAGCCAAUUCACCGCUUGAAAAAGAGUACAUUUCCUAUUCACCGCCUGAAAAAGUUUUGCCUCCAAAGUUGCAAAUGGUUCGACAAGUUGAUCUACCAGCUUCUCGAGAUAUCGAUUCUCCUGCUGCCGAGACUCCUGUCGAUCUAAAAUCCAAAUUCAAAUUCCCUCUCUAUCCGGCGUUGAAAGGUGGCCGAAAAGUCAGCAAGGAUAAAGAUGAAGCUUUGAGCAAAGAUGUACAAAUGGAAGCAAAACCUGCAGAAGACGAGAAACUCGAAGUGGCGGCAAUCUUCAAGAUGAGCCCCAAAAAGCAGGUGUCAAUUCUCGUCAACAAGCCGCCCUCCGAUGAGAAUAUCCCGGAAAGAAGGCGCUUAAUCUCCAAAAACAUCCCACCGCCGAUGGUCGAGCCGGACUACAACGAGAAGACUCCUUUAAUCGCUUCGUCGUCAGUUCGCUCUUUGCCGACCGUUGUUGGUGAUGAGAUUUCCCCUGCUGAUCCCGGAAUUCUCGAAGCUGGCCUAGCCAAUGAACCGAUGUCCUCGACGAGAUCAGAAGGAGGAGGUCCGACAAGUCGACGAAGACGCCGACGAACUCGGUACCGAAGUGAGGGAAUUUAUGGCCCACCGAUCAAAAGCAGACCACUAAUUGCGAGCCCUUUCAUGCCCAUUCCGAUGCGAAAAAGCACAAUUGAUUUGGACAGAAGAUCUACGAUUACAAGAGAACCACGACCACCAAGGCCAUCUUCAUAUGGAAGUCUGAGGACACAAAGGAGAGCUGAAGAAGUGCCGAUUCUACCACCAACAGCUAGUGAAGAUGAAUCCGAGACUGAUUCUGAAGUCUCGAGAAAGAUCUCCUUCAGAACAUUGACAUCAAAAGAUUGGAUUACGAUCUCGAUGUUAGCUGUGGCGAAUUUGUGCAGCACGAUCGCGUUCAGUUGUAUCGCGCCUUUCUAUCCAGCUGAGGCAACUCUGAAAGGAAUGACCGAAGCCGAGACGGGAAUCGUUUUCGGCAUUUUUGAAUUGAUGAUGUUUAUCACCGCUCCAAUUUUCGGCAAAUUUAUGACGAAAAUUGGCUCGAGAAACAUGUUCACGAUGGGUUUAGCGAUCACUGGAGUGACGGCUAUUUGUUUUGGGUUCUUGAACUAUUUACCCUCGGGUCGAUUAUUCUUUUGGGCUUCUUUGUUAAUUCGUGUGAUGGAAGCUGUGGGAGACGCGGCUUUUGUCACUUCUUCGUUUGCCAUUUCAGCAAAGUUGUUCCCUGGGAAUGUCGCAUCAAUUGUGGGUAUCAUGGAGACAUUUGCUGGUUUGGGCUACACGGCUGGGCCCCUUGUUGGUGGAUUUUUGUACGAGUACGGUGGAUUUCAAACACCGUUUUUGGUACUCGGCGGGAUUCUUCUCGUAGCGACACUGUUGAGUCUCUUCACCGUGGAAUCGCUUGAAGAUGAUAUGGAUGAAGUUGAUACCGAGAAAGGAAUGAUGGAAAUGCUGAAGAUCCCAUUGAUUUGGAUUAUGUCUUAUGCGGUGGUCGUUUGCGCGAUCUCGCUUUCGUUCUUGGACCCAACGCUGGAGGCGCAUUUGAGAACGUUCUCCCUCUCACCAACCCUUGUCGGUUUGAUGUUCCUACUUUGUGGCGGAGUCUACACUCUGUCUGCUCCAUUUUGGGGAGUCCUCAUUGACAAAUUCGAUUGCUCAACAUUUAUCAUGUUCUUUGGCUCUGCAGCCACCGCCGUCUCAAUGAUGUUCAUCGGUCCAUCACCGUUGAUUCCAAUUGAUAAAAACCUCGUCGUGAUCGGCUUCGCUUUAUGCGUUCUUGGCGUGGCUGCUGGAGCUCUUUACAUUCCGACUUUCCAAAAUUGUCUUGAUGCUGUUAAAGAAUACGACUUUGAUGACUCAAUCUACACUUAUGGCUGUGUGUCUGGCAUCUUCCAGAGCUCUUUUGCGUUUGGAGGAUUCAUUGGUCCAACGCUUGGCGGCGCGGCUGUACAAUGGAUCGGCUUCGAGUGGACGGCGACGGCGAUUGCAGCUGUGAAUUUGAUAUUUAUCUUCACCCUUUUAUGUUACUUUGGUGGCCGAUCGGUUUUCCGACGGGGUAGCGUAACGAACAGUGUGACGGCG